ACACUGCCUGGCCUGCUUAUCCUCAUUUUACACACGCAACACUGAGAACGGAAAAAUGGAGACUUUGGUGUCAUCUUGUGCCUUCUCGGUCCAGCGAGCUCAGGUUUAUCUGAGGGCAGAAUAGCUGGUUGACCCUGAGAACGUGAAAGGUGCUGGUCCUCAAACCAAGGAGAGCCCAAGAGCCCUCCCUCCCAGGAGGCCUGGUCCUCACCUUUUACACCUGUGCGGAGUGGGAGGCGCAAAGGCACAUCUGUAACAAGGAUGCGUGUCCCUAAGACCCUCCCUUGGGCUUGCUCAGGUUUGGCGGUGAGAGGGAGCUGCGUGGGAUCCAGCAGGAGCUCUGUCAUGCCAGCAACUCGAGGCCCUGCUGGGGAGGCAGCCAAGAUUCAACCAUAGCAAAGUCCUGGCCUGUCCUCCUUCUGAUGCUCGGGGCAGCCAGACCUCUCCUCGGAAGCCAUGGGCCCCUCCCGUCCUGCACUCCCACCCAUGGCCAAGCUCGGCCUGUGGUGGCUCCUUCUGACCCCAGCAGUGUCCCACAGAGCCCCCCACAUCCAAGCCGAGGAUCGCCUCUUCAAACACCUCUUCAGGGCUUACAACCGCUGGGCACGGCCAGUGCCCCACUCCUCGGACGUGGUCAUCGUGCGUUUCGGGCUGUCCAUAGCCCAGCUCAUCGAUGUGGAUGAGAAGAACCAAAUGAUGACCACCAACGUCUGGCUAAAGCAGGAGUGGAGCGACUACAAGCUGCGCUGGAACCCGGCGGAGUUCGGCAACAUCACGUCCCUCCGGGUCCCUUCGGAGAUGAUCUGGAUCCCGGACAUUGUCCUCUACAACAAUGCCGACGGGGCGUUUGUGGUGAACCACAUGACCAAGGCCCACCUCUUCUCCUCGGGCACCGUGCACUGGGUGCCCCCGGCCAUCUACAAGAGCUCCUGCAGCAUCGACGUCACCUUCUUCCCCUUCGACCAGCAGAACUGCAAGAUGAAGUUCGGCUCCUGGUCGUACGACAAGGCCAAGAUUGACCUGCAGCCGAUGGAGCAGACGGUGGACCUGCAGGACUACUGGGAGAGUGGCGAGUGGGCCAUCAUCAACGCCACUGCCACCUACAACACCAAGAAGUACGACUGCUGCGCCGAGAUCUACCCCGACGUCACCUACUACUUCGUCAUCCGGCGCCUGCCCCUCUUCUACACCAUCAACCUCAUCAUCCCCUGCCUGCUCAUCUCCUUCCUGACCGUGCUGGUCUUCUACCUGCCCUCCGACUGCGGCGAGAAGAUCACUCUGUGCAUUUCCGUGCUGCUCUCGCUCACAGUCUUCCUCCUGCUCAUCACCGAGAUCAUCCCCUCCACCUCCCUGGUCAUCCCGCUCAUCGGCGAGUACCUGCUCUUCACCAUGAUCUUCGUCACCCUGUCCAUCGUCAUCACGGUCUUCGUCCUCAAUGUCCACCACCGCUCCCCCCGCACCCACAACAUGCCCCGCUGGGUGCGAGGGGCCUUCCUGAGCCACGUGUCCCGGUGGCUCCUGAUGAAACGGCCUCUGCCACCCUUGGAGCUCCAGGGCUCCCCAGAUCUGAAGCUGGACCCCUCCUAUUGCUGGCUGGAGACCAACAUGGAUGCACAGGAGAGGGGGGAAGAGGAGGAAGAGGAGGAGGAGGAGGAGGAGGAGGAGGAGGAGGAGGAGGAGGACAGAUGGGUGUCAUCCUCCUCCAUGGAUGUCCUCUACAGCCAUGGUGGUCUGCACCAAAGGGUCUCCGGUCCCAAGGCCAAGGCCCCGUUGCGGAAGGGUGGGCUCCUGCUGUCACCUCACCUGCAGGAGGCACUGGAAGGCGUGCUCUACAUUGCUGAUCACCUGCGGUCUGAGGACGCAGACUCUUCAGUCAAAGAAGACUGGAAGUACGUGGCCAUGGUCAUUGACAGGAUCUUCCUCUGGCUGUUCAUCAUCGUCUGCAUUCUGGGGACCGUGGGUCUCUUCCUGCCCCCGCUCCUGGCCGGAAUGAUCUGACUUCCCAUCCCUGGCUUCCGCCGACCGUGUUUGCUGCUGCCUCUAGACUCCACCUUUGGGGUCCACACCACGUGACUGCGGGUGCCUCUCCGUGGCAUCCCAGCCACCAAAGACUUCCUGGCCCCACUCACUUGGCGGAAGUGCCCUCCGUGCGGAGACGCUCCUGGGCCCGGAGCUGUAUUUCGAUGCCCAGGAGCAGGAAAGGAGGCAGCUGCUCUGCAGAAGGCGAUGCUGCGGCGCUGACGACGUGAAGCUCGUGAGCGUCCCCUGAAGGAGCUCUACAGACAUGAGUGACAGGAGGGCCGAGCAGGGGGAGCAGAUGGCAGGGGCGGGGUGGGGGCAGGUGAGGAGGAACAGAACACAGACCUCAAAGGAGGCGUCAUUGGGAUGAGGGGGGAGAAGGCGCUGCAGGGUGCACGUUGUGGGUUCUGGAAUGAGCCUGAAGUGUGGGCUUGGUCCAGUGUGGAGAGCAGAGAGAGGCUGGCGGUUGGGAAGGUGGGUUGGGGUGUCUGAACCAGGUAGACCAAGGGGUUCAGAGUCUGAGACCACAGAUCUGACAGUAGAGCGGAGAAGGCUUUCUGGAAGGGGAGGAGGGGAGGCAGGGCAGUGGAGGGGAAAUGCAGGGGGACCCUCGGCAGAGGGAGGAGGGUACAUGGUCGGAUGCUGGUACUGGGCCAGCCCACCCAGCUCCAGUGAGUCCUGAGACAUGCCCUUUAGCCUUGUCCUGCACCCCCACCCCCCACCCCCGAAAAGCGGCUCAGCACCAGCUACCCCAAGAGGUUAAGGGUCCUUGUCUACAGGGCACCAUCUGCCUCUCAACUCAUGUGGACACAUCACAGGCCACCCAGAGCCACUUUUGAGCCACAUCAAGCCCACAGCCUGCUCCCUCCCUCCUUCAGGAGGGGCUGAGGGCAGUGAGGGGAUUAUUCUGAACCCGAGACUGCUGUGCACAUGCAGACACGUGGGACCCAGGACCUCUUCCCUGCCCAGCAGGCCUUCCCUGACCUUCCCAAAGCCCCAUGGGACUCUGACCAGCUCUGAGCAGUCUGUUCUUGAACCUCGGAAUCCAGCAGUCCCUGGCCCUGGCUGCAGUGAUCAGGCCCCGCCCCCGCCCCAUCUAGACCCACGUCCCCAGCAGCCAAAGAUGUGGGCACUGGGUUCUUGGGUCAGUGUGGGGACCCCAGGCAGAAAGCCGAGCAGAGCGAGCCUCCAAUUUCCCUUCGGCCUUUGGGGUCCUCUCCUCCCAAAGUCCCCACUCACCGUUCCCUGACAGACCAAGUGGAAACCCAAGACACCUCAGCCCAGCCUCUGCUCCUCAGUUCUCUCCCAAGACCCCCCCCCCUCCUCAGUGGUCCAUUCUGAUUUCUGACCCCUCCCUGCCUCAGUGUACACAGCCCCAACCCCCCCCCCCCCUUCCUGGCUCCUCCAGCCUGGAUCUCCUGCUGCCGAGAUGUUCCCCCACGUUAGUCUGGCUCCCAUCCAUCUUGCACGUGAAUAAAGCAAUCAAACGAAAUGAAAGCUGCUGUUCAUUGCUCUGUGGGACCCCUUGUCAGCAUCCCCAGAACCUCCCCCAGAGCCCUGGUUGUGGGCAUGCCCGCUGCGAGAGUGCCAUUCCACUGGCAAUCCUCACGUGCCUAUGGGGGGCGGGGGGCUGCCCUGGGACCCCCCUGGAAAAUGCCCCCUUGGUCAGGUGCAGGGGCACAGGGGCUGGGGCUCAUGUCUGACCCCACUGCCUGGGUGUCACCAGGUGCCCCUCGGAUGAGCCCAGGCAGCAGCCCUUGAUCUCUGCCCAGCUGAGCACCAUCCAUUUCUUCGAGGGAGGGCUGUGGUUUGAGGUCAGUGUUCCCCUACUGACAGCAGGUCAAACAAGCAAAGCAGUCAAACCACAAAGCAAAUAGUACACUUUAAUUCAUCCACAAGGCAGAUAGAAAGAACAUAAAGGGUGAUCUGCACAAACAGGAGAGAGGAGGAGGGUGGGGGAAGCCGGUGAGGAAGGGGAGAGAAAGGGAGGAAUGAGAAAAGAGGAAAGAAGGAGGAGGA